UGUGCGCGGGCGCGCGCGAGCCCGGAGGACGCUCCCGAGCCAGUGGGUCCCGGCGGCCGCAGCCCGCUCCCCGCGGCCCCGAUGUGAGGGAAUCGGGGAGGCCAGGGCGCGGCUAGGGGAGGGCGAGGCAUGUGCACGGCGCGGGGGGUGCUGCAGCCGCCCGAGGAAGAGGAGGACGGCGGCGGCGAGGAGGAGAGCGGGGGGCUCGCGGCGGCGGGCCCGGGCCGAGGGGAUGCAGCGGGCUGUGUGUGUCUGGCUGUAGCGGACGCGAGGCGGCGACGAGACGCCGGAGACCCGCGUGAGGGCUUUGCAGGAGACGGCGGCGGCCGCGCUAAGUAGCCGCGGGCCCGGCGGCGGAGGGGCAGCCCUGCAAUGCAUGUUCCUCUCCAGCGGCCAUGUUAACCAGGAAACCUUCGGCCGCCGUUCCCGCCGCCUACCCGACCGGCCGAGGAGGGGACACCGCCGUUCGCCAGCAUCAGGCUUCCCCGGGGAUCGGCGCGGGGGCUCCCCGAAGUGGAGUGGGGACCGGUCCGCCCUCCCCCAUCGCCCUGCCGCCCCUCCGGGCCAGCAACGCUGCCACCGCAGCCCACACGAUUGGUGGCGGUAAACACAUGAUGAACGACCACUUGCACGUUAGCAGCCACAGCCACGGACAGAUCCAGGUUCAGCAGCUGUUUGAGGAUAACAGUAACAAGAGGACAGUGCUCACAACGCAACCAAAUGGGCUUACGACAGUGAGCAAGACAGGCUUGCCUGUGGUGCCCGAGCGGCAGCUGGAGAGCAUCCACAGGCGGCAGGGGAGCUCCACCUCUCUGAAGUCCAUGGAAGGCAUGGGGAAGGUGAAAGUCACCCCCAUGACACCUGAACAAGCGAUGAAGCAAUACAUGCAAAAACUCACAGCCUUUGAACACCAUGAGAUUUUUAGCUACCCUGAGAUAUAUUUCUUGGGUCCAAAUGCAAAGAAGCGCCAAGGUAUGACAGGUGGACCUAACAACGGCGGAUAUGAUGAUGACCAGGGAUCAUAUGUGCAGGUGCCCCAUGAUCACGUGGCUUACAGGUACGAGGUCCUCAAGGUCAUCGGAAAGGGGAGCUUUGGGCAAGUCGUCAAGGCCUAUGACCACAAAGUCCACCAGCAUGUGGCCCUGAAGAUGGUGCGGAACGAGAAGCGCUUCCACAGGCAGGCGGCCGAGGAGAUCCGGAUCCUGGAACACCUGCGGAAGCAGGACAAGGACAACACCAUGAACGUCAUCCACAUGCUGGAGAAUUUCACCUUCCGCAACCACAUCUGCAUGACGUUUGAGCUGCUGAGCAUGAACCUCUAUGAACUCAUCAAGAAGAACAAGUUCCAGGGCUUCAGCCUGCCCCUGGUGCGCAAGUUUGCUCACUCGAUUCUGCAGUGCUUAGAUGCUUUGCACAAGAACAGAAUAAUCCACUGUGACCUUAAGCCUGAGAACAUUUUGUUAAAGCAGCAGGGUAGAAGCAGUAUUAAAGUGAUUGACUUCGGCUCCAGUUGUUACGAGCACCAGCGUGUCUACACGUACAUCCAGUCGCGCUUUUACCGGGCUCCAGAAGUGAUCCUUGGGGCCAGGUACGGCAUGCCCAUUGAUAUGUGGAGCCUGGGUUGCAUCUUAGCAGAACUCUUGACGGGUUACCCCCUCUUGCCUGGGGAGGAUGAAGGGGACCAGCUCGCUUGUAUGAUUGAGCUGUUGGGCAUGCCCUCCCAGAAACUGUUGGAUGCAUCCAAACGAGCCAAAAAUUUUGUGAGCUCCAAGGGUUAUCCCCGGUACUGCACUGUCACGACUCUUUCGGAUGGUUCUGUGGUCCUCAAUGGAGGCCGCUCCCGGAGGGGGAAACUGAGGGGCCCGCCGGAGAGCAGAGAGUGGGGGAAUGCACUGAAGGGAUGUGAUGAUCCUCUUUUCCUUGACUUCUUGAAACAGUGUUUAGAGUGGGAUCCUGCAGUUCGCAUGACCCCGGGCCAGGCCUUACGGCAUCCCUGGCUCAGGAGGCGCUUGCCAAAGCCUCCAACCGGGGAGAAGACAGCAGUGAAAAGGAUAACGGAAAGCACUGGUGCUAUCACGUCGAUUUCCAAGUUACCUCCACCCUCCAGCUCAGCUUCCAAACUGAGGACUAAUUUGGCACAGAUGACAGAUGCCAAUGGGAAUAUUCAGCAGAGGACAGUGUUGCCAAAGCUCGUUAGCUGAGAGGCCCCUGAUGCUGGUAAUCUGAAAGAUACGUCAUAGCUGAGCCUUAUUGGGUUGAAAAGAGUAGCUCAGACCUGUUUUUAUUUGCUCAAUAACUCAACUCAUUUGUAUCUUUUCAGCACUUAAUGUAAGACAGUUGUUUGUUUUGUUUUUAUAAAUACACGGGGACAAAUGCUUUAAGUUUUUAUACUUUCUGAAACUGAUUUUUCUUGUGUUCUAAAAGUACGAUGAGCCUUACUGUAUUUAGUGUGGCAAGUAAUCCCAUCAGUGGCAGGCCAUUGAUUGCUUCAUGACUGCCACACAUUUACAGAUUGGUCAAACACAUUCACUAUGUUUUCAUGGCUCCUCUUCUACUCUCCCCAGGGAGCCGGCCCCCAAGGGCCCUCCUCUCUCCACGCACCAGGUUCAUGCACAAGAGCAGUGUGCCCCACUUCCAUUUUCCAUAAAGUAAUCUGGAUCAUAGUGCUGGUCAAAGGAGAAGGGUCAGGAUGAAAAUCUCUAAGAAAGACUGCAGUUAAGAGAUUUUUUUUUUCUCCUGACAUGUGCUCAAAUAAUUCCACAAUAAGAUCCUCAAACUUUAAGACUGCCCAGUUAGCAUUCUGACAUUCUAAAGCCACCAAGCAGCAUUUAGUGGAUAAAUGGAAACUGAGAUGUGUGAGUCCUUCCCAAGUUUCCAGUAUGAUCUGCAAGCUGUUUUGCUAGGAAGCCUCUUAUUUAUGGAGUUGGUAUUCCACCUAAUUUUAGAACCUUUCCACAACUGUUCCUUGCUUCCCUUUCUCUUGUCUGUUCCUCUUUUACCACACAUCUGUUGCCUGCAUUUAGUUUGUCUCCCUUUGGCCGUCUAUCCCAGACUGUUAAUACAGAAGGAGACAUUUGAGCUGUGACUGUGACCAUCGUUUCAUACUCCAGUUUCAAAAAGAACAGCAGCCUAGCUGCUUCCAGUGGGGAUUGCCAUAGUUCCAAAGAAGAUUUAGCCGACUAGAGUGAGUUCACAUUUUUCAGGUGCCGCUGAGGUUCACUUAGCCUGGGAAAAUACCAACUCUUUCUUUAGAAAGAAAGAGGGUUGAAAUCCUCUUGAUGAAGACAAGUCACUGUGGCCAUUCAGUCUGGCCAAGUUUUAAGAACACAUUUAUUGGAGGAGAAGUUCAACCUCAAGUUAAAUGGUUUGAUUUAUUCUUUGCAUCAUUAGAAGAACCAUAGAAAUUGCAUUCCUCUAUUUAGUUUUUCUUUCUUUUUCAUUGCACUGAUGUUUUUGUGGGAAUGACACUUUACCUGGAAAAAUAACUGAGAGUUAGGUAAAAGAAUAUUUUCUUCUCUGAAUAAUAAUUAUUUUCACAAUGAAAAUUUCAGUAUUUUAUCACUAAUGUAUGAGCAGUGAUAAUAUAUCAGUUUCGAGGCACGUGGAAAGAAUUUUUUUAGUAUGUGCAAUUUAAUAGAGAAAGAUUUCUGCCUGUUUGGACAAUAGGUUUUGGAUAGUAUGAAUUAGAAUAAAUAACCUUUUAUAUGCACAGAUAUUAUUGUAUUACCUGUAAAUUGAUUUACAAGUACUUAAAGCACGGUCCCCACUGAGGCCAAGAAAGUUUCCGGUUCCAUUCUCUUAAUCCUGCAUUUUCUCUUACUUUAAAAUAAAAUAAAAUAAAACAUGUCAUUUUGAACAAAACAUUUUUCUUAUCUUGAGGUUUUGCCAGUUGAUGGUAGAAAAUAUGCUCAGGAAUUAUUUCAAAUAUUUGCCAAAAACCAGUAAUAAGAUUAGCUUAUUAAUAAGUUAGUGAUAUUGCUAUUUGCUUUACUAUUUAAGGAUGUUACUGGUAAAUUAAUUUCUACUUCUGUACUUAGAAAUUAUAGCUUAUUCCCCCAGUCAAAUUUUUUUAGCAUACUGUGCACAUUUCUGUGUAACCUGUGAAAGUGCAAUAAUAUGUCAAUAAGUUACAUUUUAAAUGAUGCUCAUGUGACAAUACUCCCAAUCAGUGGCUUAUAGGUUUAUUUGUGUAUUUAUUAAAAAUUAGGCUUAAAGGCAUAAGAAGUAUAGGUUUAGGGGCUUUGUAAAACUAUGUGCCUCUUAAUGAUGGUUAGUGUCUUUAGGUCAUUAAAGUAAAUGAAAAGUAUGUAAGACCUCUUUUCCCUUUACAAGGUUCCUUUUCUACUCUUGUGUGAGGUGUCAGUACCUGAACCUGAGCCUGCCAUUAUGAACCCCCUAUGAGGUGACUGCACCUGUGACAGUUUAGAAACUAACUGACACCACUUCCUUGUCUUUCCCCCACCACACAAAACUGGUUCUACAGGUGUGAGCAGAGCAGAGCGGCAUUUGUGAUGGUCGUCAUUCACAAUGCAACCGGAAACUUAAGCCAAACUAUAAUGUGCAGUGCUGUGGGGCUUUUUUUCUCUGUCUUUUUUUUUUUUGUCCAAAUACAGUGAAAUUUCCUUUAUUCACAAGAGCCGCCAUGUUUCAGCAUUUAGUAGAGCUGUUUUGACAAGAAUCUUAGUUUAAUUAUGUCUAAAACAAAACUGUUGUAUCUUUGUGAUUUAAAACCUAAAUAAAUAAAGGGCUCUGAUAGGCUACGAGGAGUUGGCUUGGAAACAGUCCUUGGUCUCACAGGUUACCAUUGUCUAGGGAUGUCUGAGCUGUUUUCAGAUAUAGGAAUAGCACAGUAUCGUCUUAUCUCUGGUUGCAGUGUCAUUUGACUCCAUUUCUUGCACCACCAGAGUGUUCUUACCACUUAAGUGUAUCUCUACAACAGUGGAACACCGGAGUGAUGCAACACAGUGUAGAUUAACACCGUAGAGGAGAAAUUGUGCCCUUAGUGUUAACAAUGUGCCUUUUGUUCUGAAUGCCAUGUUGUAGGGCAUGCAUUUUUUGGCCUCUUUAACUCUGAGCACUAGGCAGUAAGGAUGGAACCCACCUCUGCAAAUAUAACAUCUGUCUUAAAUAUCUAGUUAUAGGCCUUAAUAGAAACCGUAAGGCAUGAAUCGUCAUUGGGCGCUGAGCACGAUAACCAUCGGUUAGUUACACCAGAAAUUCCUAUGUUUAAGGGUUUAAAGAUGGUCUUUGUUGUAUCUUAACAUCAGACUGAUUUUUUAAAUGAUAUUUUUUGUUAUGCUAACACUAGACAAAAAUCAACUGUAUUUGUAAAAAUUUACCUCAAACCAUUUAAUUUUAUAGUGUGAUUUAUCCCAGGGCAUUUGGUAUGAACCAAAGUGCAUUCCUUUUAUAUGUGCCUGGCUCUAGUAAGGAUGGCCAGGGAUUUUUACAAUUUGGGUGCAAGGCACUUAAGCCACUUUUAAACUUAAUGGGUGGUGUGGAGUCAUAAAUGACUCCCAACAGAAUGUUAGAAAACACUUUAGGCAUCAGUAGCAUUGGGCCAUAUUGGAAUCUUAAAAGCAUGAAUUAUUUUAAAGAGAGCAUUCAUUUUUGUAAUUUUUUUCAUCAAGAAUAUUUCUGGUAAGCAGAAGUCUUUUUAAAAACAAAACUGAUUUGGUUGGUAAAGGUUUUAAUAUUGCCCAACAUAAUGCUGUGGUAGCAUUUAAAAACAAAAGUAUUUGUGAACUCUCUGUUUCUUGGGGGCUUGUACAUCUCUCUGCUAUGGACAUAUAUAAAAUUAAUUGUAAUUAUACUCAGCUCAACUGCUACAGUUAUGUCUAGGCAGUGGCUUGGGUUUUAUCGAGCAACAUCUUAGACACGUGACUGUAAUAUGCUGCAACUGUGUGUACUGAAAAUAUGUGAAAAUGGUUGAAUGUGGACUGUGUAUAUAUGUAUGUAAAAUUCUCUGUGAGAUGCUGCUGUCGCCACUUAACAUGGAAAAUGUUCUAGUGGAUUUUAAUCCUAGUGGCCAGUUCUAUGAUACUGUAUGUAUUGUACAGCUGAUGGCAGGAGUGAGACUGUUUAGUGAAUAUUUGUUAAAUUUUAUUGUUGUGGCCAGAGAUAAUUUCAGAAUAAAAUUUUAAUGUCCUACCUUA